GGAAUGUACGACUGUGAUGGUGAAAAAUGAAGAUGACUCAGUGAACUGUACCCUGGAGGGAAAUGGCACCUUUGUGGUCCAGCUACGGCAAAAGACCUCGAACAGCUACUGGAGUGACUGGAGCAGCAACAUCUCUGUUCCCGAGGAAAUCCUGGAGAGCCCAGCGCUGAGCCACCAGCUGGAAAAACUAGGGAGAGAUGGGCAGCGUGUGCUGAGGCUGAGCUGGCAGCCAGUCCUCGAGGGGCAAAGGGAUGUCAACUACACACUGCACACCCACAUGCUGGCGUGUGGCUGUGCUGGGCUGGACGAGGAGGACAUCGUGGUGCUGGGGUGGGAGGUGAGGGAGCACCACCUCACCCUGUCUGGGGCUGAAUACGAAAUCCAGCUGAGGGCCGUCAAUGCCGCGGGGCCGGGGCCAGUGUCGCGGCUCCACGUGCCGGCAGAGGAGCACACAGAUCUCAGCUUUAAGGAUGUCAGCGUGGCUGGUAGCACUGUGAUGGCGCGGUGGGAAGCACCAAUCCCAGGCAAGGCCUAUUGCUUCGAGCAGCAGGUCCUGGCAAAAGCCCCACAAGAGGGUGUCUGCAUCCGAGAGGAAUUCCCUGCCAAGAGCAUCCACGUGGAGAAAGGAGCACUGGGAGCGCCGGCGUGUCACCGCCUCGCCGUGCACGGCUGGGACCCGGAGACGGGCUGGGCCACCUUCGCCCUGUGGCACCACUACGCCAGCAAUGGCUCGCUGGCCGUGCCCACCGAGAUCAGCAGCGGAGACACCAGUGUGGUCCUCCAGUGGAAACCAUCCCCCCGUGCCGCCUGUCCUGGGGCACUGGCCAAGUACCUCAUCUGCCACAUGGCUGAGAGGGACAACAUGACCUACAGUGAAGCGGAUGCCACGGCAGCAAACUACACCCUCCAAAACCUGCAGCCUGGCACAGCCUACAGGGUGGGUGUUUGGGAGGUGACGAAGGACAGCGAGGGCACCUGCAGUGCUUGGCAGAAAUUCCACACCAAGGCGCUGGGUGCCCAGGGAGCAGUGUGGAGAGCCAACCUGAGGUACCUGGGCACCUCACUUGGUGUCCCCGUCGUGGCUGUCAUCUACCACCUGACCAAAAAGAGGGCUCGCCGCCUCCUCUUCCCACCUCUUCCCAAGCCCGUGGGCACCAACGCCAUCCAGUUCUCCGACAGCGAGAAGGGCCAGGGCCAGCCCCGGGUAGACCUCCUGGAGCCCUCGGAGAGGUUCAACCCAGCUGAGCUGCUGCUGCCGGAGCCGAAUCCCAGCAAGGAGACAGCUGACACCAGCACACAGACUGAUGGGCCACAUCCCAGUGUGCCACAGCCCGGCGUGUCACAGCCCAGCCCUGUGGAGGAGAAGCCAGCGGAGGUGGUGGUGGUGUGUCCAGCAGGCUGUGAGGAGGAGAUGACCUUUGCCUACCGCAGGCAGGAGAUGCUGAGCCCAGUGGGAUCUCCACCCCCUGGCAGCACCAGCUGCACUGGGCAUGCACGCAGCGAGGAGGAGGAGGAGGAGGAAGAAGAGGAGGAAGGAAGGCAGGGGCUACACCAGCCCCUGAUCCCCAUUACCCUGCUCAUCUCCAACAAAUCCAUCAUCAUCAGGGACCAGGAAGGAUGGGAUCCAGCGCCGGAGAAGUCGGUGCCGUAGCCAUCAGCAGGUUGGAGCAGCAGGGAUGGAUGGUAGGAACAGCAUGUCCCUUGGGGUGCUGAGUGUCUGUGUGGGAUGCUGGGUGCCCAACCCGUGGGAUCACGGUCACACCAGCACUUUCAGGGGGGUUUUCUGGUUUCCAGGACAAUGCAAUGCCUCUGGAUUCAGUGUUGCACUGUGCCAGGUUUUAGCCACACACUUCCCAGCUUCAACUUUUCACCUGGAAUAAAAACCAAGGGAAAGUGGCUGCAGAGUCGGUCCAGGGCUGAGGGUAUUUCCUUGGCUGGAUCAGGAGGAGAGGCAGAACUUCAUCCCUGCCAGCUGCCACGGCUGGGACCAGCAUCCCCUCCAUGGGAUGGGGACGCAAAGAACCCCAGCACCAAACACCAUCUACCUGCAAAAAAUAAAAAAAAUCAGAAAAAAAAUAAAGAGGGGAAGAAAAGCAAACAUAAAAAUAAAGUAACUCCACAAAGCAGCAGGGCUGAGAUGGUUUUUCCUCCCCUGA